AUACUACAACUUGAAAUUUUUUAAUAUGAUCUAAAUUGGCUAUCUAUGCAAAUUGCCUGUGUCGUUAGAUACCAGAACACUCAUACCCGACCCGCUUCAUAAAGGGGCUUAGGGUUUAAGUAAAUUCAAUUUUGGAAAUACUAAACCCAACAAUUAAUCAUUCAAUUUCGAUUACUUUAAUGAUGUUUCUCCGACAAGCUUCUGCUAAUUUGCUCAAAAGAUUCCGGUUUUGCCCUCAAUCACUUCAAAGAAGUUCCCCAAUUUUGCUAUCCAAUGCUGGAAAAUGUCGAUUUUCCAGUGAGCUUGGUUCUGGAGGGUACUUUUCAGACUCAUCUCAAUGGAUUUUUCUGUUUGGACCAGCUGGUAUUCACUACUCUUAUGGGCUGUAAUCCUUGGAGUAAAUGCUAGUCCUGCCUUGGCAGAAGAGCUUUCUACUCCAGCAACUACUGGAAUUGAUGGAGUUGAUGUUGAAAUCAGUGGCUUGCGCAAAAUUGAGGAUGGGUCCAUAGUAUCUAAUAUACACACAUCCAAAUGGAGAGUUUUUACAGACAGUGGAAGGGAUUUGUUUUUACAGGGAAAACUUGAGGAAGCUGAAAAACUGUUCCUGUCUGCUUUGCGAGAAGCUAAAGAAGGUUUCGGAGAUAGGGAUCCACAUGUUGCAUCUGCAUACAACAAUCUGGCUGAGCUGUACAGAGUCAAAAAGGCAUUUGAUAAAGCAGAGCCUAUGUACUUAGAAGCAAUCAUUAUACUCGAGGAAUCAUUCGGACAAGAAGACGUACGAGUUGCAGCAGCCCUUCACAAUCUAGGCCAAUUUUAUCUUAUGCAAAGAAAACUGGAACAAGCUCGUGGUGUCUAUGAGCGUGCUUUAAAGAUAAAGAGGCGUGUCUUAGGGGAGGCUCAUCCAGACUAUGCUGACACCAUGUAUCAUCUGGGAACAGUGCUGUAUCUUCAGGGGAAAUACAAGGAUUCAGAGGCUCUGAUUCGCGAUUCCAUUCGGAUUUUGGAGGAUGGAGGUCAAGGUGAAUCAAUGAUGUGCACCAAGCGGAUGCGACAUCUAGCUGAGAUAUAUAUUAAAUCUGACCGGAUCGAAGAGGCUGAGAAUGUGCUGAGAAAGAUCCUGCAUAUUAUGGAAUUAGCAAAGGGUUGGAAGUCUUUAGAGACUGUAAUUGCAGCUGAACGUCUGGCGCUGACUCUUCAGUCCCUAGGAAACUUGAAAGAAGCUCAAGAGCUUUUAGAGAGGUGUCUUGAUGCCCGAAGAGCUUUACUACCUGAGAACCACAUUCAGAUUGCUGCAAAUUUGCUACAUCUUGCUAGAGUUAAAAUGCUCGACCCCAAUAAGCUCAAGAAGACUGCUGCUAAUCAAGUAAGGGCUGAGCUUGAUAUGGCAAAAGAUCUUUUAAGCAAGUCAAUAAGUGUGGCUCGGAAAAACCUGGUGCCUUCCGUGAAAGAGAAAGGAAGUAAACAGCCUUAUGGAGAAUCUAUGACAACAGUAAGGAGCAGGCAAUCGGCACUGAUUAUCCUGUUGCAAUCGUUUGAUGCUCUUUCAUUGCUGGAGAUGAAAAAGCUGGAGCUUGAAGAUUCAAAGGACCGUUAUAGCUCUGAGGCUGAGAACGCUCUUCGUGGAUGCAUUUCUGCAUACAAGGAGUUUGUAACUGAGAAGUCACUAUCUGAUGCUCCUGGAGUAAAAGCUGAAUACAUCUUGUGCUUGAAGCAUCUAGUUGAUCUAUUAACCGAUAACAAGACCUCGAGCAAAGAUCGAUCUAGCAAUGCUGCUUUACAAGAGUUGAAAGAUGAAAUCAAGCGCGUACAAGUUGACCUGUCGAAGAAAGGAGGGCGUAGAAGCUGAACUCUCAAUGAAAGGAGCGCGAUGAAUUGCCAACGGGAUGGAUAAUUGUCCAUAGAUAUACACCAGUAAUUGCCAGAGAUGUAAUUGUAAAGAUUGAUUAAACCAGUGACACACAUUGGAUAUACACUCUUAUAUGUAGAGAAAAGAAAGAGAUAAAGCAUCCAAUACCCCCGAACUAUGGCCAAAGAUGCUACGACACACUCCAACUUCACAGGGUACUAUUACCCGUCUGAACUCAAUUUUAGCGUAUUUUUGUCAUCCUUUUGUGCUGAUGUGACAUUUUUAUUACAUAAAAUAGAGCCUAUGUUAAAGGUGCUACGUCAGCUAAAAAGGUUAGGUGUGUCAUAUCUGAAAUGUUAGGUGUUUAUAUUUUCUUCCAAACUAUUAUCAACUACAUUUUUGAAGUUUAUUAGAACAAGUGUUUGAAUAUAAUCAUUAAAAGGUGUGUGACACCCAAUUUGCUAAUAAAAUUUUGUUCUCUUGGCAGCUGACUCA